ACUGGCAAAUAUUACAGACUAUAAAAACCAUAUAAGCUUUAUAACUCUACAUACUGAACCAUGAAUAAACAUCGUCAACAACUACAACCUUAUACCUACACGGGAUUCUCAAGAUACGGCUAUAUAUUUUGCUUGAAAAGGAUCUUCGUGAGAGAAACAUGAAGUUUGACGAUAUUUUGAAAGUUGUUGGGGAGUUUGGGCCGUAUCAAAUCAAGGUUUAUAGCUUGGUAUGUCUAAUGAUCUUCUUCUCGUCAUGGGAAGCACUACUUACCGUGUUCAUAGGGGCGUCUGUUGAUCACUGGUGUGCAGUUCCAGAGUGGAAUUCGGAAGAUUGCACUGAAUAUGGCCUUAGCGAAUCCGAAUGCGAAAUAUUCAAGAAAGAAGGAAGCAUCCCGUCCAAUUAUAUAUCGAGUGGGGAGCUGGUCUAUGCCCAAUGUGAGAGAUAUAAUGUGUCAGGAGUGGGAUUCUGGCCCGGGGUAACACCUUCGAACUACACGGACGGGAACACCGGGACUAUCCCGUGUGAUGACGGAUGGAUGUACGAUGAUAGUCAGUAUAAGUCAACCAUCGUCGAAGAUUUUGAGCUGGUUUGUGGGAAGGAGAAUCUCAAUGAGAUCUCACAGACAAUUUACUACGCUGGAUUUCUGGUAGGAUCUCUCGUCUUCGGAUUAUCGUCUGAUAUAAUCGGACGUUGGUGGACUCUUCAGAUGUGCACUGUGGUCAGACUGGUCACGGGUAUCCUCAUUGCCUUCACCAAACAGUGGUGGGCCUAUUCCUUUCUAAGAUUCUUUCUUGGGAUGGCGGGAAUGGGCCAUUACAUCAUUCUCUUCGUCUUGGGAACGGAAUACGUUGGGACAUCCAAACGGAAUAUUGCUGGCAUCCUGUACUGCGUCCCGUAUUCUUUGGGGUACAUGGCAUUGGCUUUGGUGGCCUUCUACCUUCCCUAUUGGAGAACUCUUCAGCUUGCCACCAUGGCGCCAGUUGUGACCUUCUUCUUCUUAAUGAUAUAUGUACCCGAAUCAGCAAGAUGGCUGAUAUCAGCCGGGCGGUAUGAACAGGCAGAGAAAAUCAUCAAAAAGAUAGCUGAGGUCAACAAAACAACUGCACCGGAUCCAGUCUUUACUGAAGACUUUAAGAAGGAAGAGGCGAUAAAUCGGGAUCAAAACAGAGCCAAUAUCUUUGAUCUCUUUCGUUCUCGAUCAGUCUGUCUCCGAACUCUUAAUCUUAUUUUCAGUUGGAUGGUGCAUACGACGGUGUAUUACGGUCUGUCUCUAAGCACUUCGAGUCUUGGUGUCAAUGACUUUGUAGCCUUCACCGUUUCCGGUGCAGUCGAGAUCCCCGCGUACCUCCUCACGAUCUUCACCGUCGAGUACUUCGGGAGAAAACCGAGUAUCGUUGCCUUGGUGAUGAUAGGGGGCGUGGCAUGUCUGACAACUGCUGCAAUUCCUGAAGGUGUAUGGCUAACAACGGUUGCUAUGAUAGGCAAAUUCGGCAUCUCGGGAUCCUUUGGGGUCCUCUAUCUAUACACGGCUGAACUCUAUCCAACAAGUAUUAGGACUGUGGCGGUUGGAGGAUGUUCCAUGUUCUCUCGGGUGGCCAACAUGCUGGCUCCUCUGAUACUCACCCUUGACAAGUUCUGGACACCCAUGCCGCUUGUGAUCUACGGCUCCAUGGCCGUCCUGACAGGGCUCCUGACCCUCUUCCUCCCAGAGACCCGGGGUCAGAUGCUACCAGAGACCAGGGCGGAAGGGGAAAACUUCGGAAAGAAUCUGUCUGCUGAUGAUGGCGUGGACGAUAAGCGAAACGGUUUGCUCGAUGACGUCGUAAGCAAGGGUAUCGGACUCGACGAGGUGAACACGUCACACGAAAAGGGCAAUGACACGGCCAAUGAAAAUCCAUCUUACAUAGCAUAAUGUAACCCAAUGGCUUUCUUGGACACGUUUGCAUGCGACUCGGCAGUCGGGAAUAGCAUUUUUUAAUGAAAAAAAAAUGGCCAAGAAUGUGUCUGCUUGUAUUUUCUCACUAAUAUAUAGAAAAAUUAUGUAUCGGCCUAAAUUUCCGGUCUUUUAUUUCUGUCGAUCUUUCUCUUUUUAAUGCAAUGCGCACAAACUAUUCAUAUUGAAACUUUUUCAAUAAUAAUAUGCUUAAAUUUUAUAUUUCGUUAUUUCAUUAAUGAAAGAGGCUAGGCAGUCGUCGUGGAUCGGUUUUGAAAGUGUAUGUGUGUGUGGGGGGGGGGGGGGAGGGGGGGCUGACCACGAAAAAAGAUAAGAUGACUGUAUUAUUAGUUUUGUACUAUAUACUGAAAAAUGGGGGGGGGGGGCUGGAGGUCAUUUGAGGUAUACGACAUUUAAUAUUGUUACGAUACACUGCAACAAAUAUAAAAAAAUAGAUUUAAAUUUGAUUUCCUUCUUUUUUAUUACAGGAAAUAUAACAAUCAUAAACUAACAAAACAUAAAUAAAUAUUGAUCUUACAUGUACAUCUCUUGAAGUGACAGAUGUGCAAUCCAAAGUGAAAUCCUAUAUCCUAAUAAAAAUCCCAGUUGGUUGGCGAAGAUUCCGUAAAUUAAAGUUCACAAUGAUGGCGAUGAUGAAACUGAUGUUGAAGCACGAUGAAUAACAAGAGUCAAUGUAACGAGUUGAAAUGUCCGUGAAGACGAUGUUUAUGAUGAUUAACAGUCAAUUUCAGCAAUCCAUGGGUUGAAAAGCGUUCAUUAUAACAGGUUGUUGAUCUCGAUGAGAACUGAGAAUUCCUCUCUCAAAGUAACUGCAAACAGUUUAUUGAUGGCGUGCAAAUAAUUCCACAGAAGAUAAAUGUUGUAUUCCAGGUGGAAAUAAAAUAUGCUCUGAC